CACAGUAUGCACUGUGUACUGCCAGACAGCAUGUGACAAAAACCUGAUGCCGUUAAUAAAACCAUAAAAUUGAAAUAUUGGUUAAAACUGCUGACCCAGUUUGGAUUUUAUCCAUCAGUGCAUAUGAGUGCCAAAAGGCUGCAGCAACUCAAGGGUCAUAUUUUGCCUGAAAAUAAGAUCACAGCAAUGGCAGGCUCACCUAGUCCUCUGACCACCCAUGUACUGAACACUGGGAUGGGUGUUCCUGGCUCAAACAUGGCCCUCAGUCUUCAUCGACAAAACCCCUCGACUAAAGUGUGGAGUUUGAUAACCACUGGGACCACUAACGAUGAUGGACGCUGCCCAGGACUCAUCACAAAAGAAGCGUUUACAGCAGGAGUGUAUAGAAUUCGUUUUGAGACUGCUCAGUACUGGGAGAGUUUAGGAGAGACGUGCUUUUACCCGUAUGCUGAGAUUGUCUUCACUAUAAACAACUCAGACCAAAAGUACCACAUUCCCUUGAUCCUGAGCCGUUUCUCUUAUAGCACAUACAGAGGAAGCUAGAGAGCAGGGGUGAUGGUGCUCCUGAGGGACAGAACAUUCAUCUCUUGACAAGCUCCACUUGAAUUGCUCCUCCAUUUGAAUAAUGAUGUUAUAAUCAAUAUAACUUGUUCGCAAUUAAACAUUAAACAAAAAACUGAGGUUGUUUAUUGUCAAAUGUGUUUUCUUUUUCAAGGCAUGCAGGCGAAUCCAUCUGAUGAACUUUUUUCAAAGCACCAUCUCUCUUUUCAUAGCUGAGUGAAAUUCAC